AUGUCUGAUGAGAGAGCCUCUGCCGAAGCCUCUGCAUUCCAGCCACCAACCUCCGGGUCUUCCUCGCUCUCGCCGCGAUUUGCUGAAGAAGAUCAACACACCAGACUUCAGAGUCCAUGCAGCUAUGACUACUCCGUCAGGUCGUCUCAUAGCAGCCCAACUAGCGAUAACUAUUCCGCUUCCACCAAAGCCUCACCGUCCGAGCUACCGAGUGUAAAGGCAGACGAUGAUUCCCAGUCUCGGACAAUGCUCCGGUCUUUCAACGUCAACUGGCUACAGUCUCUCGUCCAAUACUUUUCAACCGUUCACAGCUGGUUCAGCAUUAUCCGACCAGAUACCUUCAAGGUCUUGAUUGAGCGACAUUCCGAUUCUAACGAUCAAGACUGGACAAACUCUUUAGGAAGCGAGGAGUAUGCCCUACUUAUCAUCUGUAUCCAUCUCGUCACAGAUACUACUGCACUUACGAGAUCAGAAGAGGACCUGUUUGGGCCUAUCUACCGGGGCGCCAAGCGAGCAUUUGCAUCACUGACCUGCUUGUCGACGCCCACAGUUGAGUUGAUGCAAUGCGGCGCCUUGAUAUCCCUGUUUGAAUUCGGAAACGGCAGAGCAACUUUUGCCUACAGGACUCUCGGGGAGACAGUCACCAUGGCCCACGUUGCUUCCCUCCAAAAGUGCAAGUACUACACCCAGAGAGCUGCCCUUCUCCCAGCUGAAGAGGAGAGCACAUCUCUGUGGUGGGGGAUGUUUAUCCUCGACCAAUACAUUCAUAUGGACUCGGCUGCCAGAGAUUUACCACUGCUUCUUGACAAACCCAAUGACGACGACCUUCUCCCCACCUACAGUGUUCUCUGGGACGGAAGUCGCUAUCUUCCUUUUAACAAGAUGCUCCCUGUGAGCGUAGACGUUUCAGAGCACUUAGGGACGUUCCAAAGAUCUGCUCAGGCAGCGACUUUACUACACGCAGCCCAUCUUUGGAACAGUGCGCUACGUUCCGCCACCAAGCUUCCCUCUGUUGCGGAAUUCGCCCAUAUCGACCGCAACAUUCGCAGCGCGUUGGAGGCCAUGCUGUCUCAGUGCGACGGAUGGGAGGUGUUUUGCGACGGAUUCGCAAUGCUCAUGAGCUCUUUCUUUAUCUUAUACCGCCCGUAUUUACACUACUCUAGGGCCAACCCGCAGGAGCCCCUGGGGAGCCCAACCGACGAAGAUAUGACCCAGUCUUUUGCCGCGACGAGAUUUGCCGUGCGGUUCAUUCACGACUUGGCUAUCAAUUUCAACAAUCAUCUGGACAAGCAUCAGGAGUGGUUAGCCAACCUAGCGCCACCGGCAACCAUUUCAUGCUUCCUGGCAGCUGAUCAUAUUGCACUGUUUGAGAACAUGCACGAGGAUAGUAAAGCUGGAUUUCUGGAGAUACAAAAAAGCCUAGAGACUUUCAGUAAACGAUGGAGAAUAGGAGAGAACAUGCUUUUAGCCAUGAAAAAGCUUGAUUACAUGUCUGAAUAG